AUGGGCCCCGGGGGCGCAGGCUGCUCAGACAGGCUGCUGCUGACAGUCGGCUGGCUGCUCCUGGCGGGCCUCCAGUCAACGUUCGGGAUCGACGUCACCGCGGUCCAGGAUCCCAGCUUGGCCAACGAGGUCGAGGGCGAGGGCGAGGGCGAGGGCGAGGGCGAGGGCGAGAACGAGGGCGAGAACGAGGCCGAGGAGGAGGCUGAAAACGACAGCGAGGCCGAGAACGAGCCCCCGGCUGAGGCCAGGACGGAUGUUUCAAAUAGGACAACAGUCAAAGAAGUAGAAUUUGGGAUGUGCACCGUUACAUGCGGUGUUGGUAUAAGAGAAGUUAUAUUAACAAAUGGAUGUCCUGGGAGUGAAUCCAAAUGUAUCCUACGGGUGGAAGAAUGUCGUGGACCAGUAGAUUGUGGCUGGGGUAAACCAAUUUCAGAAAGUCUUGAAAGUGUUAGGCUAGCAUGUGUUCAUACAUCUCCUGUAAACCGUUUCAAAUAUAUUUGGAGACUUCUAAGGCCAGACCAACAAGCCAUUAUACUUGCAAAUGAUUCAGCAAUCCUGGAGGUUCACAGGGAUACUCACCCCAAGGCUUUUGAGUGUGAAACGUUGGAUAAUAAUGAAAUAGUAGCAUCUAUUAAAUUCACAAUCUAUACAACAACUGAAUUGCAGAUGAAAAGAUCAAGCCGACCAGACAUUGAUGCAGUCCUAGUUUUGGUUCUGACCAUGGGAGUUAUUAUGUGUAUAUUCGUGGUCUUUGUACUGAUCUUCAUAAUUAUAAACUGGGCGGCAGUCAAAGAUUUCUGGGGGGCAAAAGCCUCGACACCUGAGAUACAGUCUGAGCUGAGUUCAGUGAGAUAUAAAGAUUUAUCCAGUCUUGACCAAUCACCAACUUCAGAAAUACCUGGACAUGAAGAUGAUGCUUUAAGUGAAUGGAAUGAAUGA